UUACCCACGAUCUGGCCGCACUGGUAUGUGCCAGAGAUGGACUCAGAUAGACUAGACUGAUAAUAUAUAUAUAAUAUAAUAGGAUACUGAUGGUAAAGUAAACGUCGUAUCACUAUAUAGUAUUAUAAUAUUUCCCGCGAGUUCUAUAUCUACAUUUACCUGGCAUGCAGCAACUCUUUUUGUAUACCUGAGUCAGGUUUACCCGCAUGUUAAUUCUACGACCCUACUAAUACUACUGACUGUCAAAAGACUUUGUCACAAGGAAGAUAAAUUUCAUUGAGAAAAUGGGUACCAGGGGCGUUAUCCAAUGGUCCAUGACUUUUAUUGGCCUACUUGUUGUUUUCAUUAUACCAGCUAAUGGAAUUUCAUGUUACCAAUGUAAUAGUACAAAUAGUUCACGUCCUUUUCAAUGUAGCGAGUUUUUAUCAAGUGAUACUGAUUUACAAGCAACCCCAUGUAGUGAUGUUUAUGGAGCUAAAUAUUGUGUAAAACAUGUUGGAAGAUUUGAGGUACUGGGAAUCAAGUGCUAUCAGUGUUCGACGGAAGAAGACUGGAAAUGCGGUGAUCAUGCUUUAACGGUGGAGGCAAUGGUACCUAAAAGCUGUGAUUAUGUUGAUAAUGCCCAGCAUUGUCUCACAACCGUUGGGCGAUAUGGAGGUGGUGUUGGAACAAAACGUAUGUGUUCGUCAGUUGAUUACGGAAAUACCUGCAACUUUGAUCUGGCUCAACCCGGCGACACAUUAACUUAUCGCACCUGUGUGUACACAUGCUCUACUGAUGGAUGUAAUCCAGCAACAACGAACUUACCAAAUAUAAUAACAAUUGCUGCUUUAACUUUAGGAAUAAUUUAUCUUUUUCGAAGAUGAAAAUGAGUGUAACUCAAAAAAAAAAUCCGUCGUUUUAAAUACCUUUUAAUAUUACAAACACGAUAUUUUGUAACCACUCCGUCCAAGAGUAAACAUAGUCUUAGUCUAAUAAUUAAUUUAAUUAUUAUUAUUAAUUAAUUGAUUAACGAAUAGUUUUAAACUAUACGAGUAUACAUUUUUUUUAUGUAAAAAUGUUUUUUAAAAACAAAUUUUACAAACUUAGUAAAUAUUUUUAACAUAUCUUUCUGAUUAUUAGAGAGUAUGUCUAUUUAAUAUUAAUAAUAUGUCUAUUGACAGACUUUUAAUAAUGAACAAAACUUAUUAAUUAUUAUUGUUACGACAAAAAAAUUAGAUCUGAAUGCCCUAAUUAAUUAAGGUAAUAAUUUUAAAAUGUACCUUAAAAAUAUUCCGUCCAAUACUCGGGUU